AUGACGGCGACUGGGACGUCCAAGCCCGUGGAGGACGAUGAAGCGGAGGCCGCGUGUCCAAAGCUGCCGCUGAAGCCGCAGGUGGUCCGCAUUGAGGUGCUAGGCGACGAGAAGGUGGGCAAGACGUCGCUCAUCUGCUCGCUCGUGUCUCGCCACUUUAGCGAGAAGGUGCCGAGUGUUUUGCUCAACGUGCAGAUCCCGGCUGAAGAGAGCGACGAGAACGUGGUCAUUUCCAUCACUGACACGUCUUCUCGUGUGUCGGACUUGAUGCGUGUGACGCAUGCUGUGAAGCGCAGUGACGCUAUCUUGUUAGUGUAUGAUUUGACGAGACCGGAGACCUUUCAGCGACUACGACGGUGGCUGAACUUUAUUGCUAAGAACAAGGAGAUCCCAGUCGUGCUGGUUGCCAACAAAGUGGACAUCAACGCUGUUACGCCCACUUCGGAUGGAACAUAUGCAAGUCAAGUGCGUCACCUGGUCAACACGUACCCGUUUGUGGUAUCAGAGGUUGAGUGCUCGGCCAAGAACUUUACGCAAGUGGCGCAAGCGUUCUUUUUAGCACAGAAGGCGGUGAUUUAUCCUGUUGCACCGCUUUACAAUGAGAAGAAGCGUCAAUUACAGCCUAAGUGUCUUAAAGCGAUCAAGCGGAUAUUCCGCUUGUACAACCGCGAUCGAAGUGGGAUUCUCAGUCGAGAGGAGCUAAAUGAGUACCAGUAUGACUGCUUUGGUGUGCGCCUUGUUUCUACGGAGAUCGAUACGUUGAUGGAAUAUCUUUUGUCCGAAGUGCCGUCCGGAGUAGCUCCCGAUCGCAGUGGACUACUCGUAGAUGGUUUCAUCUACCUGUGGUGGCUAUUUAUUGAUCGCAACCGGCCGGAAUCAGGCUGGCAGGUGCUGCGAAGUUUAGGAUACAACAAUGAGCUGCACCUCGAAAUCCCUCCUGAGCGUUUGCAACUACCUCCGCACGACGAGGAUCAGUCUGCGCAGCUUACUCCUUCAGCCGUCGAGUUCUUGACACACUUAUUUCGUCAAUUUGAUGCAAACAAGGACAACAACAUCGCAGAGAGUGAGAUUGAAGCUAUUUUCUCGAUUUGCGAGGAAGAGAGUGCGCCGUGGACAACUUGCUCGGCUAUUCCGUCACCAUUAUUGUUUGAAAGAACUGUUGUCGAUGGGAAGCCCACGCUUUCGCUUGCAGCGUGGCUAGCUUGCUGGAGCUUUGUGGCCCAGGAAAAUCCGCCGAAGCUUCUUGAAACGCUGUUUUACCUGGGGUACAACGAUAAGCUUUUUCCUGCAAUCGAUUUUGUCAGAAAACGCAGUGCGAUGCGUCAUGCAGCAAAGAUCGAACGUAACGUGAUUUCAUGCUAUAUCUUUGGCUCGCCGAGGUCAGGAAAGGAGCACUUUGUUCGCACAUUCGCUGGAUGCAAAGACGCUUUUUGUGCAGACGAUGAGCAAUCGAUUCUUCGUAGCAUUGGCGCUGUGCCGGACCAAGACACGACGAAGUAUCUCUUCAUCACAGAAGCCUUGUCAGACGACGAGAUAGAGUCGAACGCUGAUGUUCUGCUACUGGUGUUGAACCCUGAGGACGAGCCAAGCAAAGUGUUUGUGGAGGAGCUAGAUAAGAAGCUGCCUGACUCCAUUCCGCGUGUAGUGAUUAGCUACAAGCCGAAGGUUUGCAAGAAUGACGUGGAAGAUAGCGAGAAGGGCAUUACUGACAGCAGCGCUUUGGUACCGGACAAGCCAACCGAUUUUGCAAUUGAUGCAUUGCUGAAGCAGUAUUCGACAUCCCUUAAGUGCUUUGAGCCGCACUGCGUCAAGGGUGAGGCCGCCCGUGUGCUCGUGGCAACUGCCUUGCGACCGCCAAACAACGCGCGCUCUAGGUCGUCCGGGAUCUGGUUGCCGGGUCGGAAGACGACCUGGAGUCUAGUUGGGUUGACCGCUGUUGUGGUCGUUGCGUUCGUUGCUAAGCAUGAAGAGAGCAAGGCCUUCGUGAAGACUAUGGUCUCGAAAUUGCGACGUUGA